GGCGGCGCCUACGUUUUGCGUCACCUGAGGCGACGUGGCUGAGGCGCUGCCGCCAGCCGAGCCACCGCCAUGGAGACGCGGAACAUGAGCCUGCCCCGGGGGCCCGAGAACCUCUGCUUCGACAAGGACGAGUUUAUGAAGCCAGACUUUGAUGUUGAUCAUUUUGUGUCUGAGUGCAGAAAACGUGUUCAGUUGGAAGAACUUCGGGAUGAUCUUGAGCUCUAUUAUAAGCUACUAAAAACUGCCAUGAUAGAGCUCAUAAACAAAGAUUAUGCUGAUUUUGUUAAUCUUUCCACCAAUCUGGUUGGAAUGGACAAGGCCCUUAAUCAACUUUCAGUACCCUUGGGACAGCUGCGAGAGGAAGUUAUGAGUCUUAAAUCAUUAGUCAGUGAAGGAAUUCAGGCAAUUGAUGAACGUUUGUCUAAACAAGAAGACAUCAGAAGAAAAAAGAUGUGUGUCCUGAGACUUAUUCAAGUUAUUAAAUCAGUUGAGAAAAUUGAGAAAAUUCUACAGUCGCAAAAUUCUAAAGAACCAUCAUCACUAGAAGGAAGCAGUCCGCUUCUGACUGGACAGGUUUUAGAGAGAGUUGCUACAGAAUUCAAUCAGUUACAGUUUCAUGCAGUACAGAGCAAAGGAAUGCCUCUUUUAGACAAGCUGAAACCACGUAUAGUUGGAAUAACAGCAAUGUUGCAGCAGUCUCUGGAAGGACUGCUUUUAGAAGGUCUUCAGACUUCUAACAUUGACAUAAUACGUCACUGUUUGCGGACCUACGCAACAAUAGACAAAACACGGGAUGCUGAGGCAUUAGUUGGUGAAGUACUUGCAAAACCUUAUGUAGAUGAGGUGAUUGUAGAGCAGUAUGUUCAGUCUCAUCCUAAUGGUCUGCAGACCAUGUACAAUAAAUUGCUGGAGUUUGUUCCUCUUCAUUGUCGUCUCUUGCGUGAAGUAACAGGGGGAGGUAUUCCAAGUGAAAGGGGGAAUACUGUUCCUGGAUAUGAUUUUUUGGUAAAUUCUGUGUGGCCAGAGAUUGUUCGUGGUUUAGAAGUUAAAUUACCAUCGCUGUUUAAUCCUGGAAACCCAGAUGCAUUUCAUGAGAAAUACACUAUAAGCAUGGAUUUUGUAAGAAAAUUUGAACGGCAGUGUGGUUCACAAGCCAGCGUGAAAAGACUGAGGUCGCAUCCCUCCUACCAGAGCUUUAAUGAUAAGUGGAAUUUGCCUGUUUAUUUCCAAAUAAGGUUUAGAGAAAUUGCAGGGGCCUUAGAAGCUGCUCUUUCUGAAGACUUAAAAGAGGCUCCAGCUGGAAGUUCAUAUCAUCUGUUGGCUACACACAUGGUGUGGACAAGUCUGCAGAAGUGCUGGUCAGCUCAGAUAUUUUUGCCAUUGCUAGCACAUCGCCUAUGGAAGCUUUCACUGCAGAUUGUAGCACGAUACUCAGUUUUUGUUAAUGAGCUUCUACUCAGACCCAUCUCUAAUGAAAGUACAAAGGAUAUAAAAAAAACGCUGACAAGCAAUACCAAGGAAUCCCCACUGAAUUUAGGCUCUGUUGAGGACCAAGGAAAUGAGUCUGUUCCAAAUACUCAGCCAUUACCUUCCAUAUCUACUGCUCAGCUUGUUCUAGUUGCUGCAGAUUUGGAUCACCUUCAGGAAUGGCUGCCUGAACUGUUGGAAAUUAUCAAACCAAAACUGGAAACAGUUGGCUUCAAAAACAUAGACUGCAUCUCAGGAGCAUUGGAAGACUCAAAGGAUUCUUUGUUGGGUUGCUGGCCAACCUUAAACAAUAAGAUAAUUCUGGAUUUGAGUGAUUCUUGCUUCAGUUGUUUGAAAAGUGCCCUAGAAAUCCCAAGGCUGUAUAGAAGGACCAAUAAGGAAGUGCCAACCAAGGCAUUGCCGUAUGUUAACAGUGCUCUUAAGCCUUUCUACCAGCUGAAGGAUGAGUAUAAAGAUACAUUAAAGCCAGCUAUAAUUGAACAGUGGCUUGAAGGAGCCUUCAGUGCAAGCACACAGAGGUACUUUGAGACAGUAUCAGAUAUUCUGAAUUCUGUAAAGAAGAUGGAAGAAAGUUUGAAAAGGCUUAAGCAGGCCAGAAAAACUGUGACUGCAAAUAGUGUAUCUCCAAAUGGAGGCAUGAGCGAUGACAAUAAAAUCCGCCUUCAGUUGGCCUUAGAUGUGGAAUACUUCAGUAUUCAGAUGCAGAAGAUGGGAUUGCAGUUGAACAACAUUGAAAGCUUUUCAGCUCUUUCAGAUCUUGUUCAAGCUGCCAGGGAUCAGAUAUCAGCAGAACAAACCACAUGAUUUCCAGCUUCCAAAGAGGAGGAUUUAUUUUUACUUUUCUCCUGCCAAAUAAUAUGUAGCAAUGAAGUGCUUCCUUACGCAGCUUCAGCAGAAGUAUGCCUGAAGAUACAUAAAAAUUUGUUUCACCCAAAAGGAGAACCUUACACAAAAAAUCAACUGCUCAAGUUUUCCAUUAUAUGGAAGACCCUUUAUAUUUCUAAAAUUCUACCACAGAAAUGUGAAAGUACUUUUUAUUUUUGUUGUAAAUUUUUAUCAUGCAGGAAUAAUAUGAUUAAAAUAAACCAGAAAAAACUUG